AUGCAUUUUCGCAAAAUGUCAUCGGUCAAGUCGGUCGAUUCGUUUUCGAGCUACAAGUCGCUGCUGACUGCUAGGCCGGUCGUUUUGCCACCCCUGCUACUGGGCACGGCCAGAAACCGAUAUUUGGGAGUACGAACAAAGAGUGAAGCCGUGGCUUCAAUCCGACAACGAACUGACUUCCGAUUGUAUCACCUUUGGAAUCCUCAACUCGUGGUGGAGAAGGAUGAUCAGCUUCCGCUUACCAUCGUCUACAAGUCUAGCCAAGGGGUAAUAUUCCAUUGGCCUAUCAAAACAAUUGGGCAUAUCGAUAAGUUUAACAAGUAAGUUCUGAGAAAUGUUACUCUGCCAUCGUUAAAGUUGUAGUAUUGACGACUUUUUAGAGUAACAAUAAGCAAUAAAAUUAAUUUUUCAACUGAAUGAUUCUUAACUUAUGUUGUUUUAGAUUCAUGGUAGACUUCUACUUUGUCGAAACACACGGCCCUACUUUCAAAGACCUGACCAACCUUGUGGACUGCUACGAAACCAAACAGUACUGCGACAGCGGAGAAGUGGAUGUAUUCAGAUGCAAUAAAACUGAUUAA